UAGUCUUUUACCAAAAAAAUUCCAAAAACAAAAAAAAAAAAAAAAAUCCAAAUAGAAAAAGUAAGAAGAAAAAACUUUCCACCAAAUUACAAUUAGGUAACAUUUUUUUCUAUUGUUUGGUAAUCACAAUUCCGUAACCUUCACUUCUUGAACCUAAACCCACUUUUAUAGUACAAUAAUUUUUCACAAUAAUCAAACAAAAACUUUCCCAGUAAAUCUUAUAAUGUCUCUCAUAUUUCAAAAUAAUUUCCAAAAAAAAAAAAAAAAAAAAAGAAGAAUAUAUUUCAUUUUUACUUUGAAUAUUAUUCAUUUUCCUUUUUCAAAUUUUACUAUUUCUAAUCAAAACGUCAUGGAUUGAAUAAUCGUAAUGGUUGAAUCUUUACUUAAAAAACGAAAGCACAGAGCCAAUCGUUUCAAAACAAAGAAAACAGCUUUUAAUUACCUUGUCAGCUUAGUUUAUCAAUCCACUAAUCAAUCAAUGUCUCGGUCCGUCAAAGCAGCCGUGAUCGGAGCCGGCGUGGCGGGGCUCUGCGCCGCCCGGGAGCUUCGGCGAGAAGGUCACCGAGUCGUCGUUUUCGAAAAAGCCGAUAGAAUAGGCGGCUUGUGGUACUACGACCCAAGAGUGGAAUCCGAUCCACUUGGAAUCGACCCGAACCGCGAAACCGUCCACAGCAGCCUCUAUCUCUCUCUCCGGACUAACCUCCCCAGACAGAUGAUGAGCUUCUUGGACUAUCCGUUUGCGAAGCGAGAAACCGGUGACCCGAGAGCUUUUCCGAGUCACGAGGAGGUGCUUCGGUUCUUGGACAAGUUCGCCGACGAUUUCGGUCUCAUUGAGUUGGUCAGGUUCAACUCGGAGGUCGUUCGAGUUGAGCGAGUUGAAGAGAAGGAAAACGAGUGGUCGGUGGAGUGGAGGACUCGGGGGAGCGACUCAGUUAGUCGAGAAGUGUUCGACGCGGUUGUCGUGUGCACUGGAAAUCAAAGCGAGCCGCAGCUGACUGCUGUUGCAGGCAUAGAAAAGUGGCCGGGGUAUCAAAUUCACAGCCACAACUACCGUGUUCCUGAACCAUUCAAGGAUCAGAUUGUAGUAAUUAUUGGGUAUGGGCCAAGUGGUUAUGAAAUCUCAAGAGGGAUUGCUACAGAAGCCAAACAAGUUCAUAUAGCCACAAAGAUCCCAAAUGUACGAGUCACACAGUUGGAAAACCACAAGAACAUAUGGCUGCAUAUGAUGAUAGAACAUGUUUGUGAAGAUGGUAAAGUUGUGUUUCAAGAUGGAUCCUUUGUUUAUGCUGAUACCAUUCUCUACUGCACUGGGUACAAUUACCGUUAUCCCUUUCUUGAAACCAAUGGAAUUGUCACCGUUGAAGAAAAUCGUGUUGGGCCAUUGUUUAAACAUGUCUUUCCUCCACGCUUAGCUCCAUGGCUGUCUUUCAUUGGAGUAGCUUAUAAGGACAUUGGCUUCCCAUUAAGGGACUUGCAAUCCAAGUGGGUUGCACGAGUGUUAUCUGGUAAGGUGCUGCUCCCAAACGAAGAGGAGAUGGCAGCCUCAACUGAAGAACAUUAUAGGCAAAUGGAGGAAAAUGGGGUGCCAAAACGCUUUACCCAUGCUCUUUAUCCAAACGGGAAUGAGUACCACAAUUGGAUACUUGGUCAGAUUGGAUUGCCCCCACAGGAGUGGAGAUGGAACUUGUUGGCAGAACUCAUCAAGAGUUCAUUAAUAGCCAUGAAUGAGGGAUACAGAGAUGAAUGGGAUGAAGAUUAUUGGGACUCAGUCAUAAAGGAAUCAUCACAGCCACUGGUGAAUGAAGAUGAAGCAAAAAGAGAUUUUUGAAAACAAGGAGCAAAAUAGCCCUGUGCAAACUCAAUGAGCUCUUGAGCUUUUGAUAGCUGAUAAAAAAGUGGUAUUCUUCACUUUUUGGCAGUCUUGAAAAUCAGAGGGGCUCUAUAUAUUCAAAGAAGCAGUUACUGGUUUUUCUUCCUUUCCAUUUUUAUUAUUAUUAACAAUGAUCAACAUUUUAUGCUGUAAAUUACAGUGAAUUAAUUGGUGACCUCAGGUAAUAUGAUAUAAUUAAUUAAGAUACAA